GUCUUUUUCUGGCACCUGCUCCCGCCCUGCGCGUCCUCCACUCGGGCCAGGAUUUCGCCUGAGCUGCGUCAGCGGGCGUCCUGGGGCUCCUGGUGCCCGGCCGUCCUCCUGUCCCCAGAGGGCGGGAACGGGCCACAGGACGAGGGCAGUGGGUUAGGCCGGCUUGGGACGUGGGAGCCGGGCGCGGAGGGAGGCCGGCGCCGGCAUGGAUUUCGGGUCCCUGGAGACGGUGGUGGCCAACUCGGCCUUCAUCGCCGCCCGAGGCAGCUUCGAUGCGGGCAGCGGCCCGACCUCCCGGGACAGGAAGUACUUGGCCCGCCUCAAGCUGCCCCCGCUGUCCAAGUGCGAGGUGCUCCAGGCGAGCCUGGACCUGCGCUUCGAGAGCGUGUGCUCGGAGCAGCCCAUCGGCAAGCGGCUCUUCCAGCAGUUCCUGCAGGCCCACGAGCAGCACGUGCCGGCCCUGGAGCUCUGGAGGGACGUCGAGGACUACGACACCGCCGCCGACGACCUCCGGCCGCAGAAGGCCCGGGCCAUCCGGGCCGAGUACCUGGACCCCCAGGCCAAGCUCUUCUGCGGCUUCCUGGACGAGGAGAUGGCGGCGCGGGUCCGGGAGGGGCCGGCGGGGGCCGGGGACGGGCUCUUCCGGCCCCUCCUGCGGGCCACCCUGGAGCACCUUAGCCAGGCCCCCUUCCAGCAGUACCUGGACAGCCUGUACUUCCAGCGCUUCCUGCAGUGGAAGUGGCUGGAGGCCCAGCCUGUGGGCGAGGACUGGUUCCUGGACUUCAGGGUCCUGGGGCGGGGGGGCUUUGGGGAGGUGUCUGCCUGCCAGAUGAAAGCCACGGGGAAGUUGUACGCGUGCAAAAAGCUGAACAAGAAGCGGCUGAAGAAGAGGAAGGGCUACAAGGGUGCGAUGGUGGAGAAGAAGAUUCUCGCCAAAGUCCACAGCAGGUUCAUCGUGUCUCUGGCCUAUGCCUUCGAAACCAAAACCGACCUCUGCCUGGUGAUGAGCAUCAUGAAUGGAGGCGACAUAAGGUACCACAUCUACAACGUGGACGAGGAGAAGCCCGGCUUCCAGGAGCCGCGCGCCAUCUUCUACACGGCCCAGAUCGUCAGCGGCCUGGAGCACCUGCACCAGCGAGGAAUCAUCUACCGGGACCUCAAGCCCGAGAACGUGCUCCUGGACGACGACGGCAACAUCCGAAUUUCUGACCUUGGCCUGGCCGUGGAGCUGAAGGAAGGGCAGACCAAGACCAAGGGCUACGCGGGGACGCCAGGCUUCAUGGCCCCGGAGCUCUUGCGGGGCGAGGAGUACGACUUCGCCGUGGAUUACUUCUCCCUGGGGGUCACGCUGUAUGAGAUGAUCGCGGCCAGAGGCCCCUUCCGAGCCCGCGGAGAGAAGGUGGAGACCAAGGAGCUGAAGCAGCGGGUCCUGGAGGAGGUAGUCACCUACCCCGACAAGUUCAGCCAGGCCAGCAAGGACUUCUGCGAGGCGCUGCUGCAGAAGGACCCCGAGAGGCGCCUGGGGUUCAGGGACGGCUCCUGCGAUGGGAUCCGCGCCAGCCCCCUCUUCAGAGACAUCAACUGGCGGCAGCUGGAGGCCGGGAUGCUGACACCCCCCUUCAUCCCAGACUCCAGGACUGUCUAUGCAAAGAACAUCCAGGACGUGGGUGCCUUUUCCACAGUCAGGGGUGUGGCCUUUGACAAAGAGGACACAGAAUUCUUCCAGGAAUUCGCCACCGGCACCUGCCCCAUCCCCUGGCAGGAGGAGAUGAUCGAGAAGGGUAUCUUUGGUGACCUGAACGUGUGGCGGCCUGACGGGCAGAUGCCCGACGACAUGAAGGGGAUCUCCGUGCCGGAGGCGGCCCCCUCGUCCAAGUCAGGGCUGUGUCUGGUUUGCUAG